AUGAGUGUGGGUAUACUGUCGGUCCCUUACGCAUUAGCAUCUGGAGGAUGGUUAAGUUUGAUCAUACUCUUCACCGUAGCCAUCACAACUUUCUAUUGUGCCAUUCUCAUUAAGAGAUGUAUGGACAUGGACCCACUUCUUAGAUCUUAUCCAGACAUUGGCUACAAAGCCUUUGGUAACACAGGACGAGUCAUUGUCUCCAUCUUCAUGAACCUCGAGCUUUACCUAGUCGCGACUAGCUUCUUGAUCUUAGAAGGUGACAACCUCAAUAAACUCUUCUCAAACGUUGGUUUCAAAUUCAUGGAUAUAGAGUUUGGAGGCAAGCACAUGUUCAUCGUUCUUGUAGCACUCAUCAUUCUUCCCUCCGUUUGGUUAGACAAUAUGAGGAUUCUUUCUUAUGUUUCCGCGAGCGGUGUAUUUGCUUCCGGGUUGAUUCUUGCUUCUAUCUUUUGGGUUGGAGCAUUUGAAGGAGUUGGGUUCAAGAACAAUGACUCCGAGAUAUUUCGUCUUAAUGGAGUCACCACUUCUGUGAGCUUAUACGCGUUUUGUUACUGCGCCCACCCGGUUUUCCCAACUCUAUACACUUCCAUGAAGAACAAACGCCAAUUCUCGAACGUUAUGGUUAUAUGUUUCACAAUAUGCACAUUCAUAUAUGCAUCGGUGGCGAUAUUGGGUUACUUAAUGUAUGGAUCAAAUGUGGAUUCACAGAUAACACUGAAUCUUCCGACUGAUAAGCUUGGUUCAAAAGUGGCUAUAUGCACUACAUUGGUGAGCCCGAUUGCUAAGUUUGCCCUCAUGGUUACACCUAUUAUCGACGCAAUGAGAAGCCGGGUUUCCCGGUUUUUGCCUAACAAAAAAUCAGCUGGUAUAGUUCUUGGUACGAUGUUGGUAGCUAGCAAUGUGAUUGUGGCAUUGCUUCUUCCGUUUUUUGGUGAUCUCAUGAGUUUGGUCGGAGCAUUCUUGAGCGCAACGGCGUCGGUUAUAUUGCCAUGUUUGUGUUACCUAAAGAUCUCCGGCAAAUACCGAAGACUCGGGUUCGAAACACUGCUGCUCCUCGCUAUUAUACUAGUCGGUAUCGUGGUUGUCGUAACCGGAACGUACCAAGCGAUGAAGGACAUUUUUGGCCAGUUUUGA